AUGUACAACUCCACAAGAGGAACGUACAAAACUGAUCACAUGAUCUCCUCUAUAAAAACCCAGAAAGAGAGAGCCAGACAGAGAUUAAUUACAGCAGAGGGAGUCAUGGAAGAGGAGGAAGCCAUGCUGAAAAAGGAAGAAGAAAAUGAUGAGGAUGAAGAAGACGAAAAAGGAGAAGAAGAAAAAGAGGUGAAAUUGACGCAGAAGAGUAUUGUUAACAGAAUAAUAAUGGAGGAAGUUGUGGGUAGACUUGGGAAUGGAGAUCUGAAGGAGAAAAUAGAGGCCGCCAUGGCCAUAAGGAAGCUGGUGAGGAAAUCCAAUUCCAAAUCCUCCAAGAGUGUUGUACGCUCUCGCUUGGCUUCGGCGGGUGUUAUUGCCCCACUUGUUUCAAUGCUUCAGCCUUCCUUCCCGCUGUCCGCCCGAGAGCCAGCGCUCCUCGCCCUCCUCAAUCUCGCCGUCCGCAAUCAAAGAAACAAGAUCAGGAUUGUUACAUCUGGUGCCAUUCCCCCUCUAGUGGAACUCCUCAAAUUUCAACUUGGCAAUUUGAGAGAGUUGGCAGCUGCCGCAAUUCUGACGUUGUCAUCUGCUGCACCAAACAAGCCAGCAAUAGCAGCUUCUGGAGUUGCACCUCUUCUUGUGCAUGUCCUGUGCUCUGGAAGUGUGCAGGGAAGGGUUGACGCCGUCACAGCUCUCUACAAUCUUUCCACCUGUGAAGAGGAUCCUAAGCUGGUUCUUGAUCCUGAAGCAGCUCCUCCUUUAAUCGACCUCCUCAAAGAGUGCAAGAAGUAUUCCAAAUUUGCUGAGAAAACUACUGCUUUACUCGAGAUUCUCUCUAAUUCAGAGGAAGGUAGAAUUGCAAUCACAAAUGUAGAUGGUGGAAUUUUGACUUUAGUGGAGACUGUUGAAGAUGGAUCUCUAGUUAGCACAGCACAUGCAGUCGGAGCUUUGCUGUCCUUGUGCCAGAGCUCUCGAGAUAAAUACAGGGAACUUAUUCUUAGGGAAGGCGCCAUACCGGGCCUUUUGCGUCUAACUGCAGAGGGUACUCCUGAAGCUCAAGACAGAGCUCGAAUUCUUUUGGACUUGCUUAGGGAAUCUCCUCCAGAAAAUAGGUUGACUUCCUCUGUAUUGGAGAGAAUAGUUUACGACUUUGCUGCACAUGUUGAUGGAACAGAUAAAGCUGCUGAAACUGCCAAGAAAUUGUUACGAGACAUGGUUCAGAAAAGUAUGGAGAAUAGCUUAAGCCAUAUGCAGCUUAGGGCGUCUUCUCCCUUCAAAGAUUCAAAGAUUCAAUCAACGUGA